GGCAAGCAAUAUGUGGCUUGCGUCAUUAACGCAGUCCAAGUCUCAUUGUCGGGUGGCCUAUUUCGAGUUGACAUUUGGCGCGAAACAUAAAUCCGUGUCGUCGUCAUCAUACCACCUGCAGGGUGAAUCCCCUGCAAGGUCUCGAUGGACACUAUGCCAGUCAAAGUUCUGUUGUUAGGGGAUGAUAAGGUUGGGAAGUCCACCUUCCUUGCACGCACCAGCCAAGGAAGCAAUGCGCUCGACGGCACGGUAGAAAUUACUCCUUUGCGUAACUUAGAUCAGCCAUUCAUCUUUGAGAUGCGAAACAGGAAACAUCAAUAUCGCCUCGAAUUCUACGACACGUCCGCUCCAGAGAACUGGCGGUUGCUCGAGCCAGACUUGGUCAUUAUAUGCUAUGAUAUCAGCCAAAGGCUUAGCCUCAUCAACAUGCAAAGAGUCUGGAUCAAAGAAGUGCGUGCGAACUUCAAGGCCGAAGCAAGUCUUCCGGUUGUGGUGCUCGGGCUAAAGCGAGAUUUGAGAUCAGAGGAUGACCCGAAUGGUAUUAUCUAUCCGCAAGAGGCAUAUCGGAUCUCUCAAGAGAUAAGGGCAGACAAGUACGUGGAGUGCUCGGCUGUCACUGGCGACCUCCUCAAACUGGCCUUUGAAGAGAUUUGUAGCACGGCAAUGAAGACCACAACGCUUGGUGGUGGUCAGAGUGAUGGAGGCUGUGUAAUUAUGUGAGCAAUUGCUUGAUAUGAGAAGGAGCUGAACCUUGAUUUCACCUUGCUUAACUUCU